AUGCUUCAGUUGUUUCUCUCUGAGCCGAAAUGGAUCGAUUGCAAUGCUAAUGAUGAAUCUGCUAAGCAGAGAAAAUCUCUUCUGAGUGAGUUGGAAUCAGUUAUCCAGUCAUUGCUGUCUUCAGGUGGCCGAUCAGAAGCUCGGCUCUGGCUUUGCAACACUCUUUCGGGAAUAAGUUCUAUUAGCCUGCACCGCCAACAUGAGCUAUUUUUGAGCUUACUGACAUCCAAGCCAACAAAGCAACACUUAGCAGCACAACUUCUGCAAUUGAUAUUCGAUAAGAAGCCACAAAAGGUGGGACCUAUUAUAGCCAAGAAAAGUUACACGUUACAGGAUUUCUUCAGAGGAAACCCAGUUCGUAUCUCGCAGUGGUUCUCUAAUUUUUCUGGCAGCGGUGGUUUGGAGCAUGGAAAAGGGGCGAAGGCACUGUCCCAAUUUUCCUUUGUGAAUCGGGACCUUUGUUGGGAGGAACUUGAGUGGAAAGGAAAACAUGGGCAGUCACCUGCAAUGGUUGCUACAAAGCCCCAGUACUUCCUUGAUCUGGAUGUCCAACAGACAGUAGAGAAUUUUCUUGAAUACGUGCCUGAAUUUUGGUCAUCACGUGAGUUUUCAGAGUCGUUAAAGGACGGUGAGAUUUUGGAUAUUGAUACAAAAUUCUUUGUCAAUUUGUUUGUUGACCUGAUGUAUAAAGAUGACUUGGAAGAAAUAUGGGAAGUUAUAGAUGAGUUCCUCACUGAGGAAUCUUUUUCAUUUUUAUGUCGUCACCUUCUUAUCAUUCUUAACGAGCAGGAGUUGCAGCUUUUCCUAGAUAUGAUCAGCAAACAUCUUAAUCGAAGGUCAGAAUCCAUUGAGUAUGGUAAUGCAUCUCAGUGGCUUGAGAUUAUACUUUCAAACUGCACCGCUGAUUGGACUAUCAAUCAGCUACUUCUACUGAAUGCAGUGACUACUCAAGGUCGGCAGCUCCUGCGUUUUGUGCGCGAGGAAGGCAGUGAGGGCAUAAAGGAAAAGAUAAACAAAUUAGUUUUUCAUCUUUGUGAAUCAGGCAGUGCCAAUGAUUUGACACCGAUCAUGAAAGAAUGCUUUAACAGGAAAACAAUAGAAACUAUAAAAUUGUUAGGCCUGCAGUCUUGGGCUAUUCAUUUUAGGCUGUCAGAGGAAUUUCAUUCUCCUGAAUCCUGGGAAUCUUUAUUUAUCAAUAAUGGGAUAAGGUUUCACAAGUCCAACAAGUAUACAUUGUUACACGAUGAAAUUUCGGAAGAUUGUGGAUCUGAUUCAGGUGAAAGGCCUUCAAAGAAAUUCAAGUCUAAAAAGAAAAGAAAACAUAAGAAGAAAAGGAGGAGAAGUUUUGACCCAGACCAAAGUGAGGAAAAUGAGUUAAGAGAUUUUGAUUUGUCAAAUAACAGGCUGGAUUUACAAUCUAAGGCUGGUGAUUGGCUGCUUUCUACUGAUGGCUAUUCUACUACCUGGAGCAGUGUAGACCUGCCAGAACACCUGUCAAAGCAUUGCUUCUUUCUGUGGUUGAAGUGGGUUUUUGCCAAAUGGAGAGAUGUUGCUUGA